AUGUACACCGGGGAUCAGGUUACAUCUAUGCCUCCCCCGCCUCACCGCAAGGAUGAGUCUAGCAUUCGCCGCCGACUCUCGUCCUCCAGUCGCCGCGGGCUCGAACCGGGCAGCCGGACGACGGCCGAGACGGAAAGCCCCAAUGAAAUGGUCACGCGUCGUGAGAUUGAGGAAAAGAACGUCGAGGUCGGCAAGUGGCUCACCGGUAACGUCGUGCAGAGCCCUCCCGCGGAGCAAUCUUCAUCGUCCAUUGCCCAGCUCGACAAAGCGGACCCCAACAGACCGGACGACGACAAGAUUGCCCUCGGCGACCAAACCGAGAACAAGUAUCUGUCUAAUCAGGUCUACUUUCACCCCGGAGGCGGCGAAAUGACCCAGACAGACCUUGACAUCUUACACGCCAACAGCAAGUGGGGCGACGCGCCCAUGUCACAUCCCAUCAGUAGUCAGGGCGAGCGCUUCCAGCCUGAGUCCUCCCAAGCGGCCAUUGCAAGAUACAACAAGAUGUGGGACAACGAGUCGAUCGUUUCCAAGGCUGCGACGUGGGGUACGCGCCGGCGUAGUCUCCCGAGCUUGCUCGAUGUCGACAUCGAAAGCGUAACGAGUGGCAAGCUUCUCAAGAAGCUCAGCAUUGCUCGUGGUGAAGGCACUCGCCCCGACCGAGGUGUGCGGCGGCCUAGUCUGCUGCAAGACUUGCGAGGCCUCGUCAGGCGGCCCAGCGGCAGUGGACUUCUCAAGCGAUCCAGGAACAACAACGGAGAGGAGAGCCCUCAGCCGGGUGGUAGCCAGAGCCCUGAACGGCGUGACAGCACACCGCACCUGGCACCGCCGUCACGCACCUCGAGCUGGGGUAACAAGAAGGGCCCAGUACCCAGCAUCAACACUGCUCUCGUGUCGAUGGGCAAUAGUGUCGCGUCAAUCGGCACGACCCACGCACGGAACAGCUCCAUCAGCGCGACGUCCAUCACCUCGCCCAGGAGCCCUUUCAACAACACUUUGCAAGUGAAGAACACCCUCCGGCGUCCGAGGAGCAAGUCGGAUCUUCCAAAACCCAGUCCCAGCAACGAGACGCACUCCAAUUUGGUUGGUAUGUGGCGGAAGACUGGCGGCCCACCCGUUGCGACCUUGGCUACGAGCACCAACGUAGACGUCGAGGACGAGGACGAGGACGAGGACGACGGCGAUGACGGCGACAUGAAGAUCGAAUCGAACAGGACCAUCAGCGACAUCACGCCCACGUUUGCCGGGUUCCAGCAGCACAUCCUACGACUAAACCCAAGCCUGGAGACGAGUUGCAACUAUCUGGUGGAGCGGAUCGCCCACCAGCAGAUCAUCCGCUACAAGCAACUGCUCAACUUCAAGAAGAAACACUUGCAGGCCGGUGCCGACUGCUCAUGCGGACCUCUUUGUGUGGCUUUGGGUGGGAGUGCCACGAUUCUUGAUCAGAAAGGCGCCCCCAAGAGCCUGGACCCGUUGUCGGCCAGCUAUGACAUUGACGAUGGCGAUAUGACGCCGAUCGAAGGUGCCAUUACGCAAGAAAGCUUUCCCACGGAUAUUCCGAUGCCACUCACUCCGAGUCUUCCAGCCGAAUUCGAAUGCCAGCUCUGCUUCCAAGCUAAGAAGUUCAACAAGCCUUCUGACUGGACGAAGCAUGUUCACGAGGAUGUCCAGCCAUUCACGUGCACCUGGGACCGAUGCCGGGAUCCAAAGAUUUUCAAGCGCAAGGCGGACUGGGUGCGCCACGAGAAUGAAGGCCACCGUCACCUCGAAUGGUGGACGUGUGACGUGGAGGACUGUACCCACACGUGCUACCGUCGCGACAACUUCCUGCAACAUCUGGUGCGCGAGCACAAGUUUGCCGAGCCCAAGUUCAAGAACAAGGCUGCAGUGAAGCAGCAGAGUUCUGACCCUACCUGGCAAAAGGUGGAGCAGUGUCAUAAAGACACGCCGGUGAAGCCUCAGGACGAGCCGUGCCGGUUCUGCGGAAAGUCAUUCCCCUCUUGGAAGAAGCUCACAGUCCAUCUCGCCAAGCACAUGGAGCAGAUCAGUCUCCCUGUCUUGCGUCUCGUGGCGGAGAGAGAACUCGAGCCAGAUACCAUCAUCAGCCCCGUCCAGGAUGCCCCGCCCCGCAAUGCUUUCAACACCGCCGCGCCUUUCAACGAGUCGAUCUCCAGCCGCACCGACUUGUCGCCCCAGUUUCGGCACGGGCCGGCAACAUAUCCGCCUCCGGCUGGGCGCCCAUGCGGCCUGGUCACCGAUCCAAGGGCGUUCGGUAACAACAAUGGCGUCUCGUUCGGGUACAUAGACAACAUGCAACAGUACGACGAUUCCCUGUUCUCGUCCACGUACGGCGAUAACGGCCAAGAGCUGUAUUCGUCUCCGCUUAUUGACCAAACGAACGGAUUGGGCUUCGGCCAUCCAGACUUUCAGAACAUGGCCUUGCCGACGAAUGUGUACGGGGGAGGACAAGGACAGUACAUGACAGUGCCGCCCAGCGGGGAGCCAUUCCCAGCGCUCGACGCGGACGCCCUUGGCUUGCACCAGCCCGGUGUGGGCCAAAUGUCGAUGGACAGUUCUCUACAGUACGGCAUGUUGAUGGGACAAGGCCACGCUCACGGCCACGGCCACGGCCAAAUCUCAGCCCACCCAAACAUGGCGCAGUAUGCAGCGCAAGGCAGGACGUCGCCGUACUCGCGGUCACCGCACCAGGAGAUGAACGGCUUCUAUGCUGCUCAGUGA